CAUACAUCCGAUGUGGGCUGCAGAGGACGGUUCAGAGGUCAGGGAUCGUCAAUGACAUUUGUGAGUGGGUGAAACUUGAGAAGCCAGCUUAAUUGGGUUGAUGCCGUUUCGCUUGAUAGAAGGGCUCAAACAAGGAACGCCAGAGUAUAAGGAGCAAGUCCUCCUGGAUAGAAAUGGUCGAUGAGUGGGUGUUCCACCAUUCAAGGAGACCACAGGUCAAACACAGGGGUCGUACUCAAGUUCCAGUCAUAUGUUUUUAUAUACCGGAGGGUAGUCAACUCCGAGGCUGAUGGAUCCAAAGGACUCCGGAAUCGCAUCCCAUCAGCUAGUUUAACGUUCGCAAUUCCUUGGGAGUACUUUAUUUUGCGUCCAAGUCUCGUGGUGAGAGAUGAAGGUGGGAUAUCAAAUGGACUCUGACGGAAGACCAUUUCCCAUAUCAGUCAGCAUCAGCAUGAACAAAUGGAAGAACGAGCACGUUCCGGGUAGCUGAGCCUAUAUUGCUUCUUCUUCUUCUUCUUCUUCCCGGCGUCAGAAGCACGCAUUGACUCGCUUCUUGGUCCGGCCAGCAAUAACUAGCUGUCUGCCCGUAUUUCUCGUCAAGAGGAGCUUGUCCGGCCCCAAAAAUGAAGGUGCCUCAAGAUGGGAAUACGAGCACAACAGGCUGGAUCGUAAUGACUGGUGACAGUGCGUCUUCUUCCAUCCCCAAAGGUGCAAUGUCGUGCUUGAGAAGGUCUAACUCAUCAAGCGAGAUCAUGUUAUCAAUCGAGACAACGGUCCCUUUUUGGCUGCCACCGGCCUGUAACCAAAUCUAGCAGACGAGUACUCAUAAAUUUGACUGGCAGACAAACCUCAACAGGAUGAACUUGUAGCUAAGUCGUUGUCUGAGAGCAAAGAGAAGUAGUCGUGAAAGAAGCAAGCAACUGAUCAGCCGUAUAAGAUGGUAUUAUUAUAUACCACGAUGACCGCAGCUCAUGAGGCCAACGGCUCCAACGUCGCCCGGGUCAAACGGACAAGACGCAGCAGCUCCGGGAGGCCUCUCAUCCUCUGCUCCAGCGUGAUAGCCACCGAUGGCCGCAGCAGAAGAAACGACGCAGUGAAGCAGCAGCAGAAGGUGUGUGUCUGUUUGGCUGUCUUGUCUGUAUGCAGGUAUCUGCCUCCCCGGCCAGCGCCUGCAUGCGCCUAUCUCCAUCCAUGCAUGACGGCCCGGGAUGCUUCUUCACGAUAUAACCAACGCCAGCCUCCUCGCCUUUCUCGCCGUCUCUUCUCCAUCUUCAUCUUCAUCCUCGUCUUCGUCUUCGUCUCCUCGUCGUCUCUUCCUUUCGCUUGUCAGCCACCCACGUCAGCCGUCCCGUCGCUGCCGCUAGCCUGCCCCUUAAAAAAUAGCGUUGGCCCCGACCCGCUAGUUACCCGUCCGUCAUCGCAGUUCGACGCAACUACUUUAGCCGCUGGCCGUCCCCUCCUCCGCAGACGACGGCAAACAAACGACGCCCAACACACGCCAGCAUACAAGAUACAUACAGCACACGGAACACAGAAUACAGACUACGCACACGCCCAGAGGCAGACAGCAAAGAACAGACCGCCAGGAUGCUGACUGACCGCUCUCCCGCCGUCCUGCGCGCUCCCACCUCGCUCCUCUCGCAGGCCAUGGCCCAAGUCCAGGCCGAGUCUGCCUCUGCCUCCCCUUCGUCCUCCCGCGCCCGCCAUGCGGCUUCGCUGAGCACACCCUCGUUUCGACUUGAGAACCUGCCUCGCUUCCAUCCGGCCGUCUACCAGUCGACUACCACCGGUAGCUCCACGGCCUCCGCGGCUGCAUUCGACUUCGACGGCACUGCUACCUCAUCUCACAUGUACUCACAUUAUCCGCACCAUCCCCAGACAUACCGGCCCUCCUCGGCGUCGGCAGUGAUAUCUUCGCCCGCAGCAUCUUCUUCGACGGCCUCUUCCUCCUCCCGAGAUGCUCUCCGGCAGUACCGCGAGUUAGUCGCCGGCAUGGCCCUCUCAAGUCGCGCCUCAGCUCAGUCCUCGACGUUUUCUAAACCGUCGAAACCGCGGCUGGAACCGCUUGGGAGUCCGGGUCCGGUGACGCCCCUGGCCCUGGAGGAGGAAGGGGAAGGAUACCUCUCUGCUGGAGCGAUGGAUAUCCUGGCGGCAGAUGGUCAGGGCCACGCGGGCAUUCGAGAACGGACUGAGCUGCUAGAUCAGCUUAUCAUGCGAGAGCAGGACCGUCUCGCCUCGAGGAUCAAUUGAUCAAUCCAUGCCACGUUUUUCAUUCCGGCUCUUGUUUCUUCUUUUUCCCUUCUACUUACUUCGGACUUCUCUCAUGACUCGAUUUCCUUACGACCUUAUGCCACCACUUUCAUACGAACCGAUCGUUCCAUAGACCAGCACAGGGCCUUGACUACGGCCUAUGAUUCUAGACGGCCUACCUUUUCAAUGACCCACGAC